AUGCUUGAUAUUGCAUUUGUUGUUCAUGUUGUUUCUCAGUUUAUGCAUGCUCCUCGCACCAUUCACCUUCUUGCCGUCAAAAGAAUUUAUAGGUACUUGCAGGACACAACUGAUCAUGGUCUUUCUCUUUGGAAGGCCACUGGUCUGACCAUUGUUGUUGCCUAUUCUGAUGCUGAUUGGGCUAGUUGUCUUGAUAGCUCCCGCUCCACCUCCUGUUAUACGGUGUUUUUUGACCCUAAUCUCAUCUCUUGGCGCUCCAAGAAGCAACCUACAAUGUCCAAGUCCUCGACAGAGGCUGAAUAUAGAGCCCUUGCAUACACAAUAGCUGAAACAUUGUGGAUUCUACACAUCUUGGUUGAGAUAGGAAAUGUUCUUCGUCAUCCAGUGACUUUAUUUUGUGACAAUAUUAGUGCAACCUAUAUCACAACCAUCAUGUUAUAUAUGAUCGCAGCAAGCAUAUCAAGAUUGAUUAUCAUUUUGUUCGAGAGCAAGUUGCUCAGGAUGAUUUGGUUGUUCGUUAUGUUCCCACACGGCUUCAGCUUGCAGACAUUUUUACUAAGGGAUUAUCUUCCCAGAGGUUUCUUUUCUUAA